GCCGGUCAGCUGCGUUGCAUUUCCUUUCCGCUUCCUGAUUCUGUCAAGUGAUCGUUUUUGCUGAUGAUCAUUUCUUUGUUGGCGUUCAAGUUGUCUUGAUCAGGAAUAGAAAAUACUAAAAGUGUUUUCCGGAGCACAAUGAACACGGAAAAGGACUUCUCGCCGUUGACGGCCAACAUCGUGCGGGCCCUGAAUGACAAACUGUACGAGAAGAGGAAAGUGGCGGCUCUGGAGAUCGAGAAGCUGGUGCGAGAGUUCGUGGCCCAGAACAACUCCACGCAGAUCCGACAUGUCAUCCAGAUCCUGGCUGCGGAGUUCGCGCUCUCCCAGCACCCGCACAGCCGCAAAGGAGGUCUGAUCGGCCUGGCUGCGUGCUCCAUCGCGCUGGGCAAAGACUCUGGUUCGUACCUGAAGGAGCUGAUCGAGCCGGUGCUGACGUGCUUCAACGACUCGGACAGUCGGCUGCGUUACUACGCCUGCGAGGCUCUGUACAACAUCGUCAAGGUGGCCAGAGGAGCUGUGCUGCCCCACUUCAACCUGCUCUUUGACGGCCUCAGCAAGCUGGCCGCAGACCCAGACCCCAACGUCAAGAGCGGUUCGGAACUUUUAGACCGACUCCUGAAGGACAUCGUGACGGAAAGCAACAAGUUCGACCUGGUGGCCUUCGUCCCCCUGCUGAGAGAGCGCAUCUACUCCAACAACCAGUACGCCCGGCAGUUCAUCAUCUCCUGGAUUCACGUCCUGGAGUCGGUGCCUGACAUCAACCUGCUGGACUACCUCCCCGAGAUCCUGGACGGGCUCUUCCAGAUCCUGGGGGACAACAGCAAGGAGAUCCGCAGGACAUGCGAGGUGGUCCUGGGCGAGUUCCUGAAGGAGAUCAAGAAGACGCCGUCCAGCGUGAAGUUCGCCGAGAUGGCCAACAUCCUGGUCAUCCACUGCCAGGUGGCGGACGACGCCAAGCUCACCAACGACCUCAUCCAGCUGACGGCCAUGACCUGGAUGAGGGAGUUCAUCCAGCUGGCGGGCCGGGUGGUGCUGCCGUACUCCUCGGGGAUCCUCACCGCUGUGCUUCCUUGCCUCUCCUACGACGAUAGGAAGAAGAACACCAAAGAAGCGGCGAGCGCCUGCAACCACGGCCUGAUGAAACUGGUCACGCCCGAGGAUGACGAGGAGCAGGAGGAGCAGGAGGAGAAGGAGUCUCCGUCCAAAGAAGACGGCCUCAUCAAGGCGGAGCCAGACAGCGGCGACAGCGCCUCACAGGAUGUGGUCGCUUUCAGCAACAUCAGCUUCUUCGCUCCGGCGAGCGCCGACAGGUCUCAGGUGACUCUGGACCUGGACGGCAUCGUGCAGGUGUUGGACCGCCACCUGCGCGACUCCUCCACCGGCAUGAUGACCCGCAUCGCCGUGCUCAAGUGGCUCUACCACCUCUACAUCAAGACGCCACGCAAGAUGUUCCGCCACACCGACAGCCUGUUCCCCGUGCUGCUCAAGACCCUCUCGGACGAGUCCGACGAGGUGAUACUGAAAGACCUGGAAGUCUUGGCCGAGAUCGCCUCUUCUCCGGCCGGACAGACGGACCCGGCGCUGACCUGCGACGGCCUGGAGCUGAAGGUGCCGGCCGGGAGCAAGCCGGGCGCCAAGACGGGCGAAUCGUCCCCGUCCACCCCGAGCAUGAACUCCUACUUCUACAAGUUCAUGAUCAACCUCCUGAAACGCUUCAGCGCCGAGAGGAAGCUCCUGGAGAGCAGGGGAGCGUUCAUCAUCCGCCAGCUCUGCCUGCUCCUCCACGCCGAGAACAUCUUCCACUCCAUGGCGGACAUCUUGCUCAAGGAGGAGGACCUGAAGUUCGCGUCCACCAUGGUGCAAACGCUCAACACCAUCCUGCUCACGUCCGCCGAGCUCUUCGAGCUGCGCAACCAGCUGAAGGACCUGCGCACGGCGGAGAGCGGCGCGCUCUUCUGCUGCCUCUACCGCUCCUGGUGCCACAACCCCGUCGCCACCGUGUCGCUCUGCUUCCUCACGCAGAACUACCGGCACGCCUACGCCCUCAUCCAGAGGUUCGGCGACCUGGAGGUGACGGUGGACUUCCUGGUGGAGGUGGACAAGCUGGUGCAGCUCAUGGAGAGCCCCAUCUUCACCUACCUGCGCCUGCAGAUGCUGGACGUGGAGAACAACCCCUACCUGAUCAAGGCGCUCUACGGCCUCCUCAUGCUGCUGCCUCAGAGCCAGGCCUUCCAGCUGCUCUCGCACCGCCUGCAGUGCGUGCCCAACCCCGAGCUCAUGAGGACGGUGGACGGCUCCGAGCAUGCGGACGCCGGGCGCAGGCCGGGCGCCAAGCGGGCCGCGCAGGCUCACGUGGAUUACGACCAGCUGCUGCUGCACUUCGACUGCGUGCAGAGCAAACAUCUGGAGGUGCGACACCAGCGCUCGGGACGGGCGUCCGAGCUGCCCGACAGGAAGCUGAUGUGAGGCAGGAAGCAGAACGUGUGGACGACAAUGGAGCUAACACUGUAACCACAAGGAUUUCAAGUCAAAACACAUUUCAGCACUCAUUUAUUUCAUUUGACAAAGUAAAGGAUGUUGCUACAUCUUGAUGAUGCUGAUCAUGUGACUUGCAGUCAGGCGGUGUUUAUAUCUAAUAUGAUGGACAUUGUUGUAUUGUCACAGGGCUGCAGUGUCAUGUGACUUGCAGUCAGGCGGUGUUUAUAUCUAAUAUGUUGGACAUUGUUGUAUUGUCACAGGGCUGCAGUGUCAUGUGACUUGCAGUCAGGCGGUGUUUAUAUCUAAUAUGAUGGACAUUGUUGUAUUGUCACAGGGCUGCAGUGUCAUGUGACUUGCAGUCAGGCGGUGUUUAUAUCUAAUAUGUUGGACAUUGUUGUAUUGUCACAGGGCUGCAGUGUCAUGUGACCUGCAUGUUGCACAGAUUUCACUCACUUGGACUUUUUAAAGCUUCUUGCUGUGCUUUUUGUUGUUGUUGCACCUCUUUUUCUAGCUACUGAAUCCCUCUCACUUCAUGUAAAUAUGUUGCUUCAAAGCACUGUUUCCCAUCAAUAAAGUGGACAUUGUUUACAUUCUGUC